CACUCCAGGAGACAGCUGUCAAACACACCGCCUCCCUCAGUAUCUCUAGUGUGUGAGAGAGUGAGAGAGUGUGUGUUAGUGUGUGUAAGAGAACGAGUGUGUGUGCUCUUCUCCUGCUGUUCAUCUCUCCAUCUCAUCCAGCCUGAGCUUCCAGAGUGUGUGUAUUUCCCGCCGGGCCGGUACUGGGUGUUCUGCAGUCUGUUGGAUGUGUGUUUCCUGAGCUAAGAUUUUCACUACAGACGUUUAAAAACACAGAGAAGAGCCAAUCAUGACCACCGAGGGGGACAGACAGUCUGUUUUGCGUCAAACUAAAGUCCGAACGGCUCUGAAGGGAGACAGCAGCUGGAUCCAGCGCCGCAGAGCCGCUGAGCAAGAGGAGGAGGAGGAGGAGAAACCAUGGUUGGUGGAGGUGCGUGCGAGUCGUGUGAAUGGUGCAUUCACUGAACCUGCUCCAGAACCCACACCUGCCCAACCAGAGCCCAACGGGACCACCAGCACAGACAGCACUAAAACAUCUGGAUACCUCAUCAGAGGGGUUUUCACAAAGACGGACACCAAGCCACCAAGCUCCACCAACGGCUACAUCGGAACCGCUGGUUUUAAUAAAAGACCAUCUGAAGGAUAUAAGAAAAUAGCUCCUCACACGGUUCGCCUGAGCUCAGAGAACUCGACCGCAGAACCAGAGCCGUCCAUCAGCGCUGAGGAACAGGAGAGAAGGACAGAGGCAGCGAGUAAUGUCCUGAGGAACUCAUCAGCCAGGCAGCGAUCAUAUGUUCUCUCUGCUGCAAAGAAAUAUGAGUCUCCGUCUGAGACGCCAGACAGCUCUGAUCCUCCAGUCAAAUCUUUUGUUGCUAAAAGGGUUAUUAUCAGUGAUGAUGAAGAAAAGUCUGAACCUAAAGCAGCUGAUGCUCCAGCCCCUCAGGCUCAGCUCACACCUGAGCAAAGUCUGGAGAUGAGUGUGGAUGAGCCGGCACCUCCAGUUGCUGCAGUCAGAAAGAAAGCACCAUCUGCAACACCCAGAGCUAAAGCAGAGCUCACUCCAAAACACAGCUUUGACACUCUGGAUGCUCUCUCUGACUCUCUGCUGUCAUCUACUCCAGUGCCCACCAGCGUCUCCAAACCGGCGGCUGAAGUCAGUCCUGCUGCUCUCGAGACCAAACCGGCUCCAUCCUCAGCCCCCCGAACCGAACCCGCCCCCAAACCCAGCGCCGCUGAGCCCGUCACUCCAGCUGUCCCAGCCACAGCACCCGGCACCAAACCCGGCGAGGAGCCCACUCCUAAACCCAGUGCUCCAGCUCCCACUGCUCCCACUGCUCCCACUGCUCCCACUGCUCCCACUGCUCCCACUGCUCCAGCUGCUCCCACUGCUCCAGCUGCUCCCACUGCUCCAGCUGCUCCCACUGCUCCAGCUGCUCCCACUGCUCCAGCUGCUCCCACUGCUCCAGCUGCUCCCACUGCUCCAGCUGCACAGAAAGCCCCGUCUGCAGCACCAGAACCCAAACAGGAAGCUGCUCCUAAACCGAGCAUCACUGAAGCAGCUCCAGCCGCUCCUGCUGCACCCAAAGCUCCGUCCACAGCACCAGAACCCAAACCCAAAACCGAGCCCACUCCCACUCCUAAACCCACUCCUAAACCCAGUGUCAUGGAACCACUGCCAGCAAGUGCCGCUCCAGUUACUCCAGUUGCUGCUGAAACUAAAACUCCUGCUGCAGUAAAACCUGAGGCCAAAUCAGAGCCUGCUCCUAAACCAAGUGUCACUGAGCCAGCUGUUCCAGCUGUUAAAACUGUUCCAGCUGCACAGAAACCCCCAUCUGCAGCACCAGAACCCAAACAGGAACCUGCUCCUAAACCAAAUGUUGUUGAGCCGGUUCCAGCUGUUCCAGUUGUUCCAGUUGUUCCAGUAGCACAGAAAGCUCCAUCCACAACACCAGAAACUAAACCCAAAACAGAGCCCACUCCCACUCCUAAACCCAGUGUGGUUGAGCCGGUUCCAGUUGUUCCAGCUGCUCCAGUAGCACAGAAAACCCCAGCACCAGCACCAGAAACUAAACCCAAAACAGAGCCCACUCCCACUCCUAAACCAAGUGUCACUGAGCCGCUUCCAGCUGCACAGAAAACAACACCAGCACCAGAACCCAAACCCACAACACAACCCACUCCAAAAGCAAGCGUUGACCCGAAGCCGGUGGAGAAGACGGGCGUCCUGAAUAAUGAUGAUCUCCUGGGUCUGACUCAGAGUACUCCACAGGAGCCAGUGAACCCCGUCCCCCCCACCACAGACCUGCUGACAGGAGCCGACAGCUUCCUGCCCAAAUCUGAGAAAACCAACAAGUCUUUGGAUCUGCUUGCAGUCGAUAUCAUCCCGAUCAAUACCAAAACUGACAAACUGAGCACCGAUAACACAAGCAUUACGACUCAAACAACACAAACCAUUGUUCAGUCGAAGGACCCAAAAAGUUCAACAGAAACAGUCACCAUCACAACCACCAAAACUGAGAUCAUCUCAAAAGACAGCUCUCAGGUCCAACCAGAGAAGACUCAGAAAUCUCUGGAUCUGCUGGCGUUUGAUCUCAUCCCCAUCAACACUGAAAAGGAGAAACUCAGCAAUGGCGAGACACCAAACAAAAUUGAGACCACAAAAACAGUGGAGCCGCCAAAGAAAGAAACAAAGGGCUCUGCUGAUCCAUUUGAUCCCAUCCCGAUAGUGAGCGCGAGCACAAAGAGCCCCGUGGAGCUGUUUGAUCCUCUGCUGUUGGACAGUGAGAAUACCCAGAGUGAUGCCCCAAGCUUCUCAGUUGAAGACGUCACUCCAGGCGACAUCGAUUUAACAAGCUUCAGCACUGAGACUCCAGACGAGGAUUCUGACAGCGGUGUUUCUGCAGCGUACACGAGGUCAGCUGACAAUAGCUCCCCGUGGGACAGAUGGACAUCUCCUAUUGUAAACAUCACAACAGAGGAAAGGGAGAAGAAGACCGACCCGCAACCAAUGGAGACCACAAGUUACACAACUUACACCAGGAAGGUGGACAGGAGUGUCCAGGAGCCGAAGUCUCAGGACUCAGACUCUAAGAAGGGUAUUGUUUAUGUCAAACAGUAUGUGGACACGCCUCAUUAUUCCUCAUACAAUGGCAGCGACGUGGAUUACGUGACCUCCACCAGCUCCAGCUACGCGUACAGCAGCCCCCCCAGCACAAACUCGAGUGCCUGCACGUACUGCGGACGCCCGGUGGGAAACGAUGCUCGGAUCACUAUUGAACAUCUCAACAUCUCGUGCCAUCCUGAGUGCUUCCAGUGCGGUAUUUGCAGUAAGCCAAUGGGCGACUUUCUGGACAACAUGUUUUUGCACCGUGGGACGGUCCACUGUGAAAACUGCUACGCCAACGUUCUUUAGUCUUUAUACCUUUAUACUUCCUUCUUCAUAACUCCUUAUAAUGAAGUUAAUAACCAGUUUAAACAGCUUGAAAAAUUAGAUAUUGUGCCUUUUUUAACAUAUCAGAAAGAAUUCUUCUGCAGUCGUUCAUCUCACUGUUACUACUGUAUUUCUAAUGUAUCAUUAGCCGUAUCACGCAAAGUACCUUAAAAUGUCAAUGUUAAAUAUAUGUGGUGUUAGAAUGGCAGGGUUUCACUUUUUCUAGCAUCUUAAUAGACGUAUAUCACCUGCAGAUAAUUAAAUAUUAAGAACUAAAUGCAUGUUUUCUUCUGCAGUUUCAGUUUCUAGAGUCUGAAUGUAUUUCUAAAACUGUGAAUAAAGUUAAAGAGACUUUAAA